AUGGAAGAACUCUCCCGUGCUACAGAUAACUUCUCCCCGCUCCGCAUCGUCGGUGAUGGAAGUUUCGGUAUGGUUUACAAAGCUCAACUCUCCACCGGCGUCUUCGUCGCCGUGAAAAAACUCUCCCCCGACGCCUUCCAAGGAUUUCGCGAAUUCGCGGCGGAGAUGGAGACACUAAGCAAGCUUUUCCACCGUAACAUCGUUAAAAUCCUCGGUUAUUGGGCUUCUGGACCUGAACGGUUACUCGUUUACGAGUAUAUCGAAAAAGGAAACCUCGAUCAAUGGCUUCACGAACCUUCUUCUCCGACGCAACCAAACGACGACGUUUUGUCCACUGAUAUUAUUCGUUCUCCUUUGUCUUGGGAAACAAGAGUCAACAUAAUUCGUGGUGUUGCUCAUGGGCUUUGUUAUUUACAUGGGCUUCAGAAGCCCAUUAUUCAUAGAGAUAUCAAAGCUAGCAAUGUCUUAUUGGACUCUGAAUUUCAGGCCCAUAUUGCUGAUUUUGGGCUCGCACGUAGGAUGGAUAAAUCGCAUUCGCAUGUGUCAACGCAGGUCGCGGGUACUAUCGGUUACAUGCCACCGGAGUAUCGAGAUGGGUCUAAUGUAGCAAACCAGAAAGUUGAUGUUUAUAGUUUUGGAGUCUUGAUGAUCGAAACUGUAUCGGGCCAUAGGCCCAAUUUGGCUGUGAAAUUGGAGGGAAAUGAUAUUGGGCUUGUUAAUUGGGCCAGGAAGAUGAAGGAAAGGAACACUGAGAUGGAGAUGCUAGAUGUAAAUAUUCCAAGAGAAGGGUUGAAGGAGGAGAGUGUUAGGGAGUAUGUACACAUUGCUUGUAUGUGCACUGGUGAGUUACAGAAAGAUAGGCCUGAAAUGCCAGAGGUUGUCAAAUUAUUGGACUCAAUGCCCCUAUGA